UCGGCUCCAUUUGGGUCUGAUUGUACGAGAGCUGGACGGAGUUUCAGAUUCAGAGGUGGUGCGACCUGUGAGAGGAGCGCAGAGGGAGGAACCGGCGGAGGAUGGUGGGGGGACGAGGAGGGGCGGGGCGGCGGCAGGAGCGGCAGGCCCUGAUGGUGGCGUUCGCUCUGGCGCUGCUCAUGGGCACCACCGUCUACUUCCGCAUCUGGGCCCGCCAGUCCAGCGACCCCUCCUUCACCGUCGACGACCGCGAGGAGCUCCGGAGGCAAUUUGAACAAGCAAACCUAGAAGCGAUGGACGAAUCUGCCGAAUGGAGAAUGAAAUAUGACAAAGAAUUUGAGAAAAACAGGCAGUUGCAAGAUGAACUUUCAAAGGUUAAGGCCUCAUUGACUGGGACAGCCAGGCGUCUUGAGUUGUUACAAAAGGAUAAUGAGAUGUGGAAGAGGCAGACUGAAUCACUGAAGCAGCAGUGCAAUUGCAGUCUUCCAUUGAAAACUACGCAAGAUUAAGGGCAUGACAGUGGCAGGAGUUUUUCAGCUUCUUUGGUGGAUUAGCUCAGCGCUUUUUGUUUGUUCAACACCGUUGGGAGGAAAGCUAGAAUGCUAGAUAGAGAUAUGGAAUUGGGAUAGGUGAAUUGAAGAAAUGGCUACCACAGUGUUGGUUCGUUUGCUAUUCAUGGUGAUCUUCACACUUCAUCCGAACUAAUCGGUUGCCAAUUCAUGAGUAGCAAUGCAAAUUACUGUAGGCACAACUUAUGAGAUGGUGAGCUCCUUUUUGUCAUUAAUUAAGGAUAUCUAAUUUUAAGUAACUUUGGAUUGGCAAUUUUUAUCUCUGCUUGUAAAUACACAAUGUAUCAAAGGAAG